AUGGAGAAUCCAGCAAAGUACCUCUCAUCGGUGCAGGGGAUCGACUCUGUGCCGGCACCCAUCGGAGAGAUUAUGUGGAACCGCACCGAAACGGAGGCAACAAGCGACGGGAGGAAGGAUAUGGUUUUGCGCACGGUGACGGGCUGUCUGCUGUCCCUGCUCAUCCUAUGGACCCUGCUGGGGAACAUCUUGGUCUGCUCUGCGGUGCUGCGCUUUCGGCACCUGCGGACCAAAGUUACCAACAUUUUCAUCGUCUCCCUGGCUCUCUCGGAUUUAUUUGUGGCUGUCCUGGUCAUGCCCUGGAAAGCUGUGGCAGAGGUGGCUGGCUAUUGGCCGUUUGGCACUUUCUGCAACGUGUGGGUCGCUUUUGACAUCAUGUGUUCCACUGCCUCCAUCCUCAACCUCUGCAUUAUCAGUGUGGAUAGAUACUGGGCCAUCUCGAGCCCCUUCCGCUACGAGAGGAAAAUGACCCAGCGAGUUGCCUUUGUUAUGAUUAGCAUCACUUGGACGUUGUCUGUACUCAUUUCAUUCAUACCGGUCCAGCUGAACUGGCACAAAGCCAGCGCUGACGACCUGGCUGGGGCGCACAACUCCUCAACAACUAGGCAGAUAGAGGAAAACUGCGACUCCAGCCUGAGCAGAGAGUAUGCUAUAUCCUCCUCAUUGAUAAGUUUCUAUAUACCCGUGGCAAUUAUGAUUGUAACAUACACCAGAAUUUAUCGGAUUGCACAAAUACAAAUUAGAAGAAUUGCCUCCCUGGAGAGAGCGGCAGAACACGCGCAAAGUUGUAGGACCAACAGAAUAGAGUGCCAACACCACAACACCUUGAAAACGUCGAUUAAACGGGAAACAAAAGUGUUCAAAACUCUGUCGGUGAUUAUGGGUGUCUUUGUGUGUUGCUGGUUACCUUUCUUCGUUCUGAACUGCAUGGUGCCGUUCUGCGACAGGCCGGCCACAGACCGGGACGCAGGUCUGCCGUGCGUAAGCGAGACGACUUUCGACGUUUUUGUGUGGUUCGGCUGGACCAACUCCUCCUUAAAUCCCAUAAUUUACGCAUUCAACGCCGAGUUUAGGAAGGCCUUCGCCAGCCUCUUGGGCUGUCGUUAUUUCUGCUCCAACACACCAGUGGAAACUGUUAACAUCAGCAACGAGCUGGUCUCAUAUAACCAAGAUACCCUCAUCCACAAGGAAAUAGCGAACGCUUAUGUCAACAUGAUCCCCAACGUGGUUGAAUGUAUUGAGCAUGAGGAGACUUUUGACAGGAUUUCGCAGUUCUCUCAUAACAAUGAAAACGCCACCGACUCGGUUUGUGACUUGGAGGACUGCGAGGCAGACAUCAGUCUUGAUAGGAUGUCACCAUUCACUCCCAAUGGAUUACACUGA